AUGUUUUCUUCAGCUACUAACAAUGUCGUGGGGUUAAACUUAACUCGUAGGUUGUUGAAAGAUUUGAAUGAGCUCUUAGAAAUACACGGUAAAAGCACUGAAGAUUAUGAUCUUCCGUCUUUACCUACAGAUGCAACAGAAGAAAAUACAAUACCAAGUGUUAUACAAGAAGUGUUAUACAUUCAAGCUGUUUCAAAAUUAAAUAACGACCAAAUGAAUGCUUUCAAAACCAUUAUGGAAGUCAUCGAACGCAAACAAAGUCAGGUAUUUUUUAUUGAUGGUCCAGGUGGAACAGGUAAAACAUUCCUUUAUCGAACAUUGAUGGCAACUUUGAGAAGUAGAGGACAAAUUGUCCUAGCGACUGCAUCUUCUGGUAUAGCUGCAACAUUAUUACCUGGUGGUCGAACCGCACACUCCAGAUUUAAGCUACCUUUUGAAGCAACGCCAGGUUCCUAUUGCGAUAUACGCAAACAAACCCAUCUUGCAAAUCUCUUAAGAGUGGCAGCUGCAAUCAUUUGGGAUGAAGCUCCAAUGACAAACCGAUAUUGCUUAGAAGCCUUAGACAAAUCAUUGAAGGAUGUAUUAAACAGCAAUGCUCCAUUUGGUGGAAAAGUUAUGAUCAUGGGUGGAGACUUUCGCCAAAUUCUUCCUGUUAUACCUAAAGGUACUAAGGCACAAACGAUUUCUGCAUGUAUCAUCAAGUCUCAAUUAUGGGCUCAUACCAAGGUUCUACGUUUGCGUCAGAAUAUGCGAUCGAUGCAUGAUCAUGAGUUUGCAUCAUUUCUUAUGCGUAUUGGUGAUGGAGUUGAACCUACCAAACCUGAUGAUAUGGUGAAGAUACCUCCCCAAAUUGCAAUACCAUGGGAAGGAGAACAUUCUAUACAAGUUCUUAUCGACCAUAUUUUCCCCUAAUUAGAAUUGCAUGGUUGAGAUGCAUCGUAUAUGACACAAAGAGCCAUACUUACACCUAAAAAUGAUGACGUCCAAAAAUUAAAUGAUAUACUUAUCAACCAGUUUCCAGGAGAGGAACAUAAUUUGUUGUCAUUCGACGAGGUUGAAGGGGACACCCACCACUUAUAUCAACAGGAAUUCUUAAACUCCAUUACUCAAGGUGGUUUACCUCCGCAUAUUUUAAAAUUAAAAAAAGGUGCACCACUUAUGUUGCUGCGGAAUCUUGACCCUAGAUAUGGCCUGUGUAACGGGACACGGUUAUUAUGUCGUGGUUUGUUUAUGAACAUGUUGGAUGUCGAGAUUCUAACAGGAAGUAAUGCUCGAAAAAGAGCUUUUUUCAGAAAACAGUUUCCUGUGAGACUAAGUUUUGCAAUAACCAUAAAUAAGUCACAAGGACAAACCAUUCCAAAUGUCGGAAUCUAUCUUCCGAGCCAUGUUUUCAGUCAUGGCCAGCUAUAUGUGGCUUUAUCUAGAGGUGUUUCACAAAAUUCAACAAAGCUACUCAUCAGAGAUGGCAAACUACAAGGUGAAGAUGGAGAGUUUACAAAAAAUGUAGUUUUUAAAAACAUUCUUUUAUCACAACACAGACAACAUACGUUACCGCGAGAUCUUCCAACUUUGUCAUGAGUUAAAAACCAAAUAAUUUGACGCAUAUUUCGAUAACCAAGAGGGAGACUUUCAAAAGAGAUGGAACACAUGGAAGGA